AUGCCUUUACAAAUACAUGGUGGCAGAUUAGGGUACGAUGAAGAGUAUUGCGGUUCUUGUUAUGGUGCUGAUGGCAAUUGUUGUAAUUCUUAUGAAGAAGUUCAAGAAGCGUAUAACAAAAAGGAAUGGGCGUUGUCGGAGAACUUGGACUUGUUUGAUCAGUGUCAAAGAGAAGGGUAUGUUCAGAGGGUAAAGGAUGAAGAAGGUGAAGGAUGCAAUAUUCAUGGAUCUCUUCAAAUUAAUAAGGUUGCUGGAGAUUUUCAUUUUUCAAUUGGGAAAAGUAUUCUUAGCCAUUCAACUUCUUCAUUUCUUGUUGAUUUGCUUGCUUUACGAGAUAAUAAUCAUUUGGAAAAAGGGCAUUCUGAUGAUAAUAAUAAUAAUAAUAAUGGUGAUGUUGUGAGAGGCUUACCUGGCCAGCCUGCUGUGGAUUUUGAGCACUAUGCUGGCUAUGUUACUAUCAAUGAAACCAAUGGAAGAGCACUCUUUUACUGGUUCUUUGAGGCCAUUACCAACCCAGAUGAUAAGCCUUUGGUCCUAUGGCUUAAUGGAGGACCUGGAUGUUCUUCUGUGGGAUAUGGAGCAACACAAGAGAUUGGUCCAUUUUUAGUGGACUCUGAUGGGCAGGGACUCAAAUUUAAUAACUUGUCUUGGAACCAAGAAGCCAACAUCUUAUUCCUGGAAUCUCCUGUUGGAGUUGGCUUUUCCUACUCAAACACAAGUAGUGAUUAUGAUCAAUUGGGUGAUCAAAAGACAGCUAAUGAUGCUUACACUUUUCUCCACAACUGGUUCCUCAAGUUCCCAUCAUAUAGAACAAGGACUUUUUACAUAGCAGGGGAGAGUUAUGCAGGUAUUUAUUCUAUAUAUUCAUUCAUUCUUGCAUCUUAG